AUGCCCGCCGACGAAUACGCCCCCGUCGCGCGCGGGCCGCUGCGUCUCAAGGGCGCGGCGGGCGUGACCAAGAAGAAAAAGAAGAAGAGCGCCAAGAGCAGCACCAGCAGCAGCACCACCGACCUGGCGAAGAAUUUGGCUACGGGGGAUGUGGGUGCGGGUGAUGGCGGGAGGAGUGGUGCGCUUGUUUUGGUGGGGGAGGAGGGGGAUGAGUUGGAGAGGGAGAAGGGGAAGGGGGAGGGGAGGAGGGACAAGGAAGGGGGGGAUGGGGAUGGGGAGGAGGGAGAGGGUGAGGAGGAGGAGGAGGAGAAUAAGACGGAGACGGAGCGGAGGUUUGCGGAGGCGAAGAGGAAGAGGUUGAAAGAACUUACCGAGUCCGGGCGGAUCCGGCCCGAGCUGCUCAAGACACACAAGCAACGCGUCGAGGAGCUGAAUGCACACCUGGCGAGGCUGAGCGAACAUCACGAUAUGCCCAAGAUCGGGCCGGGUUAG